UGGUGUCAAGGGUUAUCAGCAUUAUCUUUGUUUGAAACAGAAGGAUACUUGUAGUUACAUCAUUAUAUUGAAUGAAUAAGCUUAGAAAUUGAUGAGACUUGCGAGUCAAUAACCAAUGCUUAUGCGAAAUAAAAAAUCUAUGAGCCGUACUGAUUUGUUCUCCCGAACCAUCUUUACUUCAUUCCAUACACUGCUAUGUCUGAUCGCCGUGAAGUAUACUGCCGAGACUUUCGUCAGGGAGGGCAAGCCUGCACCUGUGAAUGCUUCACCCCACCCUCUAAUCCUGAUGCUCCAUACUACUGUCGAGAAUGCCAGCAUGGCUUUAGCAAGCAUCCCGAAGCUCUGGAUCCUACAAGAGAUGCACCUCGAAAGCAAGAUGGCACAACAUCUGGAAAAAGAGACUCGUCAGCAUAUUCAAGGAAAAGACCGGCUCGGGGUCUGCAGCAAGACCUUUGCCAUCUGCUGCCUCUUCCAAAAGCAUGCUCGAUCAGAAGAUACUAGGUGUCGAGCGAGCAAGAGAUGAAGUCAUGAAUGGAUAUAGAACUGGUUUAAAUUCACAGAGCAAUAAGUUGCAAUUUCGUCGCGUUACUGGUAAAGCAAGGGCCACGAGCCAAUUUGACUCUGAGGAUAAAAUUACCAAGGUUGCACAAUGGCUUCUCUUGGUGAAUUGUCUUGAUGAUGAUGGUAACCUCAUCAAUACAAGCCCACCGUCACGGACACAGUUGCACAACAUGGAACGUCGUCAAUGUGCACAUAUCGAGACUGCUAGCAGGUUUUCCUUUAGCCGAAUGUGGACUCACGACGAAGUCAAUCAAUACCUGCAGAAUGAAGUGUUCCCUUUGGCACUUGGAUAUGUCAAUUCGACAGAAAAGGGGAAAGGAAUUGGCAUACCUUCUUGCCCAUGGGUUUUGAUAAGCAAGGAGAGGCUCCGCUAUGAGGUCGUAAAUAUUGAAAGGCCUGACGGCAAUGAUCUUGCAUGAUUCCGAGGCAGACCCAAGUGCCCUGUAAAAGAUGCAAACAUCAUUAUAGGUAAGAAGCCUCUGUCUUAUAUAAUUUCUUGAUGCUAACCUGAGUAUCUUCAGCAUUGCGGAGAAGAAUUCCAGAACACGUCUAUGCAUCAUGGGAUCCCGAAUAUCGAGAGACGGGGGAUGAUGGAAUGUUUCUCGACUCUGAUGAUGCUUCAAGUUUUGAGGCGGCGAAACCAACAAUCUUAACACGUGCAGGUAAGUUUAUUAA